GGUUUACUACUUAUCAGCACUGAGAAUAAGUGUUUCACUGCAGUGAUGGGAAAUGUAAAAUGAAUUGCAUAUCUGGUCAGAACCAAAGCUUGACAACAAAUGCCCAAGCAAUUUUUUCCUCUCUCAAAGGACAAAGGUAUCUUCACUCAGUUAAAUCAGUGGGCACAGUGUGUCGACUGAAGCAUGGCAGUAAAUAAUUUUUUACUGCACCUUCUGCUCACUGCCAUUCUGGGAUUUGCCACUAAAGCACAGGAAGAGACUACAACUGAGAUGGAUAUCCAAACAGCUAAUCAGACCAUAGAUCCUUUGUUGAUUUCUGUGACAUCAGAGGGGCCUCUAACUUUGACCACACCUGCAGAGGCGGAGGAGGAUACUGUGCCACCCACUGGCACCCGUUGCCAAGGUUAUUACGAUGUGAUGGGCCAGUGGGACCCUCCCUUUAAUUGUAAUGCAGGUAUUUUCCUGUACUGUUGUGGCACCUGUUUCUACCGGUUCUGCUGCCAGUUCCGUCAACAACGACUGGACCAGACCUCUUGCUCCAACUAUGAUACUCCCGGUUGGGCCAACACUGGAAAACCUGUGGCCACCAACACUGAGGUGCAGCCAGACCAUGAGCGGGAUCGCACACACAUGAUAGUGUACAUCAUCUGUGGUGUGGUAGCCAUCAUGGUCCUAGUGGGAAUCUUCACGAAACUGGGGCUGGAGAAGAGCCGUGGAGGCCAGAAUGACCUCAGUAACUCAAGGACCCUGCAGGAGUUGCUGAAGCAGCCUGGUUGGGAGGCGAGUCCUGUGGAUGGACCUUUGAGCAGCACGACCCCUGUUGGAGCAAAUGGCAUCUCUGCCAGGAUGCUUCGCAGCCGCAGCGAGCAGUACCAUCUGAACAACACUGGCUUCUCUUUCGGUUCACCAGUCGGACUUCCUCAUCCUCAGAGCAACCUCAGCAUACCAGGCCUUGCUCUAAAUAAGUACAACUCUCUAAAAGCAGUUGCAGAUACCGCAAGCCGAGGCUACUACAAGAGUUAUCCACUAAUGGAUUUCUCCAUGCAUGAUCCCCCACCUGUACCCUUCCAACCGAUGCCCAUGCACCUAAAAGACAAGUCCUACCUUCACCAGGUCAUCCCCUCCCAUGACAUCCAUUCCCCCCUCUCCAUCUCAAUCCCAACCAACCAGCUGGAGAGGACAUGCAUCCCAAAGACCACCACUCAUCCUCAAAUUUCCAACUCUGCAUUCAAAGCUUGGGAUUCUGGGCAAAGACACAUCCACAGGCAGACCUCACAUCCAGGGCACUCCAAUCGUCGACAGAGUUACAGCAACAGGAGGAUGCACAGCAUAGAAACACUACCCGAGUUACUCUCCCAGCCCACAGGCUAUGGAGGACACCCAUUGUAUCAGCCCUAUCCCAAACUUAAGGCCUACCAGACCAACAGCAAGACAGAGGUUACUGUCUGA